GCUAAGCAAGUGCCGAUGCAUCUUCGUGGCUUAUCGAGUAAAUUGAUCAGCAUGGCUCCGGCGACUGCCUUUCUUCUUCCUCUGCUCUCCUCCGUCAUUCUCCUCUUGGCGGUGGUGGCUGUGCGCGCGUCUCCGCCAGGGCCGGUGGUCACGUGCCGCUCCGGCAACUCCAACUGCACCGUCACCAACGCCUACGGCGCCUUCCCCGACCGCUCCACCUGCCUCGUCGCCUCCGUGGCCUACCCGGGAACAGAGCAGGAGCUUCUGGCCGCCGUGUCCGCGGCGGCCGCCAAGGGCCAGCACAUGAAGGCCCUCAGCGCCUACUCCCACAGCAUCCCGAAGCUGUCGUGCCCCGGCGGACCGGCCGGCCGGGGGCUGGUCAUAAGCACCGUCCGGCUGAACCGGACAGUAAGUUCCGACCCGGCCCGGUUCAGGAUGACGUUCGAAGGCGGGAUCAAGCUGCGGGAGCUCCUCGACGCGGCUGCGAGCCGGGGGAUGGCGCUGCCGCAUUCGCCGUACUGGGAGGGGGUCACGCUGGGGGGCCUGCUCAGCACCGGCUCCCACGGCAGCUCGGCGUUCGGGAAGGGGUCGGCGGUUCACGAGUACGUGGUGGGGAUGCGCCUGGUGGUGCCCACCGCCGAGCCGGUGGCGGACACCGGAUACUACGCCAAGGUGGUCAGCCUCGGCGAGGAUGACCGGGAUCUGUUGGCGGCGAAGGUUUCUCUCGGCGUCCUCGGAGUUAUUUCUCAGGUGACGCUCCAAUUGGAGCCGAUGUUCAAGCGCUCCGUCACGAACAGAGUCGUCCCCGACGUCGCAUUUGAGAAUUCGAUCUCCUCCUUCGCCGCCACCACUCCCUACGGCGACAUCAUCUGGUACCCUUCCCAAGCCGUCGUCGUCUACCGCGACGACUUCAAGCUCCCCGUCUCCACCCCCGGCACCGGCGUCAACGACUUCAUCGGCUUCCGGGCCCAGCCCACUCUCGUCAUCACCUCCACCCGCGCCGCCGAGAAACUCGCAGAGGAAAACGAGGAUACGAACGGCAAGUGCGUCUUGUCCAAACUGAACGUCAACACUCUGCUCUCGCUCGGAAUGGGCUUCAAGAACAGCGCCGGCGGGGUGAUCGGAUUCACAGGCUAUCCCGUCAUCGGAAACCAAAGCGACAUCCAAUCUGCCGGUUCGUGCUUGCGGAGCCGUGAAGACGGCCUCCUCUCGGCGUGCGCUUGGGAUCCUCGCUUCAGGGGGCUGUUCUACCACCAGACAACCGUCAGCGUCCCCUUAGUCAACGCCACCGCCUUCAUCGCCGACGUGAAGCGCAUCCGCGACGCCAGCCCCACCGGCGCCCUCUGCGGCAUCGAGCUCAAUCUCGGCUUCUUCAUGCGCUUCGUCCGAGCCUCCUCCGCCUACCUAGGAAAAACCGCAGACUCCGUCGACAUCGACAUCACCUACUACCGCCCCCGGAACGACCCCCGGCGGGGGCGGCUGCACGAGGACGUGCUGGAGGAGAUCGAGCAGCUGGCGCUGUUCAAGUACGGCGCGCUCCCGCACUGGGGGAAGAACAGGCACGUAGGGUUCGUGGGGGUCAAGGAGAAGCUCGGAGAGAAAGUGGAGGAGUUCGUGAAGGUGAUGGAGAAGUACGACGGCCAGGGGCUGUUCUCGUCGGAGUGGACGGACGCGCUGCUGGGGCUCCGGGGGAGGGAGGUGUUAGUGGAGGCCGACGGCUGCGCGCUGGAGGGGCUCUGCAUUUGCUCCGCCGACAAGCACUGCGCGCCGGAUCAGGGGUAUCGUUGCCGGCCGGGGAGAGUGUACCAAGAAUCUCGCGUGUGCAGGAAGAUUGAAGACGCAGGGGCAGGUCUGAUUCAGAGUGCAUGAAGGGUGUUUUAAUGCUUUUUAAAAAUUUAUAUGGCGAUGUUAUCAAAAAUAAACUCUAGGUUGUGAAAUGUAAUUGUUUACUCGUGUGCAAUGUAUAAUUAUUUAUUUGUAUCUGAUAAUGAAGUUGGAUAA